AAUCCAGAGGACGAAAGGAAAGGAGAAAUGGCCAGUUCUCAGGGACAGCUGGCCUUCAGGGAUGUGGCCGUAGAACUCUCUCAGGAGGAGUGGGGAUGCCUGACCCACACUCAGCGGCAACUGUACAGGGAUGUGAUGUUGGAGAACUACGGACACCUCUGCUUCUUGGGUCUCACUGUGUCAAAGCCAGACCUGAUCACUUUUUUGGAGCAAGAGAAGCAGCUCUGGGAUGUGAAGAGAAAGGAGACUGUAGGCUUCCAACCAGGUAGGUGA